GGUCCUCGCAGCUUUUCCCUCUCCUAGUGCUGAUGAUCUAUGAAUACAAUGUGCCAAUAGAACAUGUCCAUUGGCUGGUGGCCCUUAGCCCCCGGUGGCCGCUCCUUCCGGUGGAAGCUAGUCUGAAGAUCUCCACUGUGGCGCUUAGGAUUCAGUCCUCAACUCAUCUUACUUCUUCAGACAGUCAUGAGCAUGAUCAUUCAUCCAUCAGCGUGUCCGUAAAUCUUCGAACGGCCUCUAGGCAAGUCUGGCCAUGAUUCUCUUAUACAUCUCAUUACUUUGCGGCGCCAUCGUCAACGCAGCCAGCAGCCUGAGCUUCACAGACGAUUCCUGGUCGGGGAUUGUCACAGGCGUACCCUUCCAAUUGACAUGGAAAGGCAACACCGGCGCAGUCAACAUCACACUGAACAACGGGACUACGACGAACCCCAACGUUGUUAAUCCAAUUGCCACCAACAUUCUUUCGAAUUCCUACUCUUGGACUCCAGGAGUGUUUGCAGUGCCGGGCAAGAAGUUUUUCAUUGGACUCACGGAUUCGACGGGGGCGAACGCAUACGGGGAUGUGUUUGUUGUUGCUGCAACCGCCUCCUCGACCACGGCCUCUGCCUCACCUUCCUCGACCGUGAAACCAAAAUCAACUUCUUCGAAAACAUUAGCCACUACCUCGAGCACGCAACCUCCAUCUUCCACCUCGUCUCCAGCAGGCUCAGACCAGGAUAAAGGAAAGCUUUCAACGGGAGCGAAGGUCGGAAUUGGUAUUGGUUGUGCUGUAGCAUUCUUAGUGGCUGGGGGUUUGUUUAUUGGCUUUGCUGCUAGGCGUAUCCACGCAUCAAGGAAGAAGCGCAGCGCAGAAAUUAACGGUGAUGGGGUGGAAGGAACCGAUGGAGCGAGCGAUGCAAGGCUGGCGGAAAAGUCAAGUUUCUUCGGAUUCAAGGGUAAGAAGGGAGGGGAGAAGGGUAAUACUGGUGUGGAUCAGGUACAUGAGUUGCAGGCUAGUGAACGUCCUGGAGUGCAAGAACUGGAUGGCGCGAUGAGGCACGAGCUGCAAUAAUGAUAGGUUCUGGUGCUGGAUUAGGUUUGAUGACAUCUAGGGUUCUUGUGUAUAUGAAUAGAAAUGAAUUUCAAUGUCGUGCUUGAGUAAGUUGUUUCAUACAGCUACACUUCUUUGGUCUUUAAGCGCAG